AUGGCAGAGCAUCAUAACUCUUUUGUUUCUCAGAAAUCUUCGGACUCUGGUCUUCAAGCUUAUCUUCACCCGCUCGUUCUUCUAAACAUCUCAGACCACAUCACCCGCCAUGCGGUAAGGCAGCAGCAUGGCCCCAUUGUGGGAGCUUUACUUGGCCAGCAUAAAGGUCGAACAAUUAGUUUGGAACAUGUUUUUGAAUGCACUACUGUGGUAGAGCCUAACGGAGAUGUUUUCUUACACCAGGCAUGGUUCAGCGAGCGCCUGCAACAGUUUAAGGAUGUCCAUAAGUCUCCGGCAUUGGAUUUAGUCGGAUGGUUUACAAUAACUCCUUUAGCUGGUCCAACUCUAGCACAGCUACCCCUCCAUCGCCAGCUCUUAGAACACUACAAUGAAGGUGCUGUCUUAUUAGCAUUCCAUGCCUCAGAGCUGGAAAGCCCGUCGUCAACCGGGAAGUUGCCGAUUACGAUAUAUGAGUCUGUCUAUGAAGAAGAUAAUGUAGAGGACGUUGAUAGAUCGAUGGAUAUAGACGGCCAACCUCAGACCCGCCAACUCCAUCUUCGAUUUAGAGAACUUCCUUAUUCCAUUGAAACUGGAGAGGCAGAAAUGAUUAGUGUUGACUUUGUCGCUACUGGUGGCGGGAAUGCCGCUGCUGUUGGAUCAAGCGAAACUCCCAGGCUUGUUCCAAAACAUGUCCCAGACCACGCCUUUCUUUCACGAGAGGCGGAAGACUUAAUUGCAAGCCUCACAACUCGCCUUGGUGCCGUCAGGAUUCUUGAAUCCCGACUUCAUUUGAUCAAGGCAUAUCUGUCUUCCCAAAUUCCAAGCACCGCUCCAACCGAUGCCUCUACUUCGCCCAGUUUAUCACAUUCGAUCCUCAGAAGUAUUUAUUCGCUUAUAUUCCAUCUUGCACUUCUUACACCUCAGGGUUCCAAUGCCCUCUCCGUCGAAUCUCUGGCGCAAGCCAAUGAUGUCGCCCUAGUCGCAUUGCUCGCUUCAAUGGGUGGAAGCGUACAAGCAUUACGCGAACUUGGUAAGAAAUUUAGUAUUGAGUGCACGGUGCGACAGGAUAACGGAACUCGAGAUCCCCAUGCUAGCACACAAUCACGUUUAAGGGAUGAAAUGAUGUUACGUGGAAGGAGCAUGAAAGGCGACACAAUUUGGGGAUGA